AUGCUAAGCAGACUCGUGAUUCAAGGUCCAGAAGAUCCAGGCUUUGGAACUCCAAAGUCCGAAAUGACUGACUCAGACGAGGUCUUCAACCUGGCCCUGCAGUGGCUCAAGAAGUGCAAGUGUGCAGAGCAUGCUCCCGACAAAAACUGGUAUCCUACCCGGCUUCUCGAUAUCCGACCUCUCAAGCAAGACCUCCAACCCGACCGCAAGCCCGACCGCAAGCGCGAUCGCAAGCGCGACCAGGCCUCGACGAUGGAGGCGAAACCGAGUCUCUCGAAACAAGACAGUAGCCUAGACAAGACAACAAUUUCACUCGUCGCUAAGAAGAAUUGGAAGGGAGGAAAGCCUGGUUCCCUCCGAAACGACCGCUAUGUCACGCUCAGCCAUUGCUGGGGUCCUCCCCAGCACCACGGUCCGAAAUUGACCAGCAAGAACAUUGCCGAUUUCGAAGCAGGAAUCGAGAUCCGCAAGCUGCCCAAAACCUUUAGAGAUGCCAUUCGGUUUGCCGCACGCUUGCCACAGGUCGGAUUCAUUUGGAUCGACUCUCUCUGCAUCAAACAGGGAGAGGAGGAAGACUGGCUUACCGAAUCUGCCCUCAUGAACCAGGUGUAUAGCAAGUCCCAUUUGAACAUCUCUGCCACCGCCGCCGGCGACAGCGAAGGUGGGCUCUAUUUCGGACGAAGCCCCGAAAAUCUCCUCGAAGACGAGAUAUCGCUCAACAUUGAUGGCAUUCCAGUACCGUGGGACCAAGUAGUGGACGUUGAUGCUCGUGACAAAUCAACUCAAGCGACGCAGUCCCGCCCCACGAGCCCUGGCAAUUUGCGGAGAUGUGUCAUUCUUGACACCUCAUUUUGGACGCAGAGAGUGGAUUGGGCCCCGGUAAAUAGGCGGGCCUGGGUCCUCCAAGAGCGGCUUUUGUGCCCACGAGUCCUCCACUUUUGCCGCGACCAGGUUGCUUGGGAAUGCGCAGAGUUCGACGCCGCUGAAGCGCGUCCCCUAGGCAUUCCCAACUACCAGUUGACGGGAGAAGGACUCCUACAGGAGAGCCAGUUCAAGGGACUUGACCCGGACCGAAACGGGCGAGCUCUUCGCGCCGGACGACUGAGAGGGUUGCCUGAUCCGGUGGCUCACCUCCAGCCUCAAAUCCACGCAUUCGAGCUCUGGAAGCGUGUGGUUGAGGUCUAUUCUCGUACCGAAUUGACGGUUGCCAGGGACAAACUCAUUGCACUCUCUGGUAUCGCGCGUAUGAUGCCGUCGCGGAUCGGGUCCAAGGAGAAGCCGGCCACGUAUGUCGCUGGACUUUGGCGCCCCCAUCUCGAAAGCCAGCUGCUGUGGAAGGUGGAGCCCGUGUAUAAUCCGCACGAUGAAACCUUUGAGCACUAUGGGCGCCGGCCCCUGGACUACCGAGCCCCGACAUUUUCAUGGGCGGCCAUUGACGUUGAGCAAGGCAAUGGUAUCACCUAUGGCGAGGUUACUGACAAGGAGAUUUACAUCUCCAUUGAGGAAGCAAGCGUCAAGCCCAAGUCCAAGGAUGAUCUCUUUGGAAUGGUAGAAGAAAGCUGUCUCACUGUCUGGGGCAGACUCCGUCCCAUCACGUUGACCAAGAAGGAAAAGGGACGCUUCUGCUGGACAAUCAAGGACGAUAAGGAUUUAGUCGAGGAGAAACAUACCAACAUCUACCUUGACAGUGUGCAAGAUACCCAGUUUGACACGGACGAGUUUUACUGUCUCCCGACAGCAAAAGGUGGGUAUCUGGGAACGGGUGACUCAACUUACAUCUUCUGCCUUCUCCUCAGAGUCAAGAAGAAAGAAGAUGCUGUUUUUGAGCGCAUUGGAUUCACAAAGUUGUCGUCGUGGGCAGACAAGAAAACAUGGAAUCAGAUUGGGCAAGAUGUGUCACGCGAUGUUGACUUUGCCCAUCCAGACAAUGGAUUGCCAGGAGGGUGGCAGCGCUUCUACCUGGAAUGA